CGGCCUUACCGACAGGCCGCUGCCUUCAAUGGCCGAGUACAGGCUCGUCGUGGUCGGCGGUGGCGGCGUGGGCAAGAGCGCGCUCACCAUCCAGUUCAUCCUCAACCACUUCGUCCAGGAGUAUGAUCCCACUAUCGAGGACUCCUACCGCAAGCAGGUUGUGAUCGACGAUGAGACAUGCCUGCUCGACGUGCUCGACACCGCCGGGCAAGAGGAGUACAGUGCGAUGCGCGACCAGUACAUGCGAACGGGGCAGGGCUUUGCGCUCGUCUACUCGAUCACCUCGCGCGAGUCCUUUGAGGAGCUUCGCGCCUUCCGCAACCAGAUCCUCCGCGUGAAGGACCGAGACCAGGUGCCGAUGGUCCUCGUCGGAAACAAGGUUGACCUCGAGGGCAGCCGGGCGGUCUCGCAGGAGGAGGCGAGGGAGCUCGCCAUCUCCUUCGGGUGCGCGUGGAUGGAGACGUCGGCCAAGUCGCGUGUCCGCGUCGAGGACAGCUUCUUCGCCCUGGUGCGAGCGGUCCGCCAGGACGAGGAGGCGAGCGCCAAACCCUCGCAGCGCAGGAGGAAGGGAAAAGCGAAGUGCGCCAUCAUGUAAUGUGCGACACGCGGCAGGCGGCAGCAGCCGAGCAGCCCACACGUCGCUCGCUCUCGCGCUCUCGGUGUCGACUCUCCCGGUGUCUGAGGGGGAUCCGUGGCAGAGGCGAACAGGCGAUGGGCGCGAUGGACGGUGCUCUCGCGAAGAGUGCUCGUUGUGCGGUGUCAGUGGGGACCGCCGCGCGUGUAUAUGUGCUGUGCGUGUGCGGUACGUUGGAGGCAUGCGGCACACGUCCCCAUUUCGUUUUGCGCUUCUAGCUCGACGCGUCACGCGACCCGCGCGCCCGCGCCGCCCUCGCGUUGCGGGAGUGUCAAGUUGUAAGUCAAGAGAGCUCCAGAGCAUGAAGGGGGUCGAGUGUCAGAGACAGAGUGUGUGCGUGUGUGCGCGCGCCCGCGGCCGCACAUACACUGCUCUCUGCGAAGAAUGUGAUGUC